UGCGCCAGUGAUUUUGAGUACCAUUGUGAUAGUUUAUCGGACUGUUGUUGAAUAGUGUUUUAAUUUUAUUAACUUGAGACAAGACGAUGGUGUCAGAAGGGGCUUUGCCCGUUGUAUGGUGUAUGCGCGAUAAUCAACUUGUACCCCAUCAAGUUUCUGGUGUUAAAUUGCAAGGGGCCGUUACUGGAGCCCAUAUAGCUGCCGUUACAGACUUCUUACGUAUGGUAGCGGGGACACCGAUUAUUUUACCACCUACGGCGGUGUCCGAAAGUUUAGAAAAUGACAUUAAUAAAGAAAAAGAAACCAUGACUAGACGACGCAAAAUGUCAAUGCAAGUGGAGGUUCCCUGUGUUUUCCUCUCUGAGAGUGCACUACAGAUAGCAAAAAGCCGCCAUAAUUCCUUAGAAGAAAAGGUAAUAAUUGAAAAUUCCAGUUCAUCUAAAACGAAAUAUCCCGAAUUAGAUAGUCAAUUUUGUAUUAGCAAAACCAAAAAUCCGAAAAUUGAGGAACGAUAUGGAACAGAGAAAGACAAUUACCCCCAAAGAAUAACGAGAAUAAUCGAAUUAAACGACUUUAAUUCAGAAAGUAUGAAUGAACCCGAAAAAGAACCCUUGCAAAGGAUAACUAGGAUAAUUGAAUUUGAGAACGAUAAAUUUCCUUCACCUGUGGCAUUAGAGGAAGAUAAUGAAAUGACACAAAAAAUUACUAGGAUUAUAGAAUUUAAUGAAGACAAUUCAGUUUCUACCCUUACUAAUAGUACCGAAUAUAUUGAGGAGGAAUCUCUAUCCCAAAAAUUAACUAGAAUAAUUGAACCUGCUAAAGAAAAUAAUUUUACCAGCAUGGCUAAAAUAAUAGAAAUGGAAAACGAAAGAUCCAAUGAAAGGAGAAUAUCCUUAAUUAGCGAACGAGACAUAGGUUGUGGGAUAAUUGAAAGUUGUAGCACAAAUGUUGCUAGAUCUAAGCCGGUACAAAGAGGCAGGUUUAGUGUGGACUCAUCUUGCUCCGAAAACUCUUACGCUAACAUAGAGACUAUUAACAGUGCUCUUAAGAGUUUACAGGAUGUAAGAAAAGAAGAUACUACAGACUUUGUGUCAAAUACUGAGUCAUUUUCAAGUUGCAAACCGAUAGUACGGUCGCGAUUUCGAAGAAAAAAGACCUCUGUUUGUUCGAUUGGCUCGUCGGACUGCGAUGAUGAAAUAGACGUAAUUUUUAAAUCUAAACCAAAAUCUAGUCAAUGGGUCAGCUUGGAUUGGAUACCACCACAACCCAAAGAAGAGCCAGUGAUUACUCAAGUCUGUGAUAAAAAUGAUUUCAUUUCAAAAUGGAUAGCCGAACAAAAUGCUCAGGAAUCGUGCAUAGUUCAUGAAGAGAGAAGAAGAAGCCUUCCUCCUAAAUCAAAUGAAGUAUAUUUACAAAAUAUGCGAAGGUUUAGUGACGGUUUGCAAAUCUGUAAAGAGGAUGCUGCUAGUGAUUCCCCUGCAACAGUCAAAUGGAAAUGGCAUGACAUUGUUAAAAGGCAUAUUCAGUUAUUAAAAAACGACAAAGGCUUCCGAAGACAAAGGAGUAGCUGGAUACGCACAGCACGACGGCUCUCCGGAACAAACGAAAAUAAUAAAAGUACGGAGCCCCUGCCUCUAGACACAUACAUGAAGCUAAACACUAUGCCAUGGUACUUCCGUAAAAUAAAACGGAUCGAAGCUGAAAAGAAAUUGCUAUUACCAGAGAAUGAACACGGUGCUUUCCUUAUUCGAGACUCAGAGAGCCGCCAUAACGAUUUUUCCUUAUCAGUUCGAGACGGCGAUACGGUAAAACACUACCGCAUCCGACAAUUGGACGAGGGCGGGUUCUUCAUCGCCCGCCGCACCACCUUCCGGACUCUUCAAGAGUUGGUCGAGCAUUACAGCAAGGACGCCGAUGGAUUGUGCGUCUCUUUAAGCAAACCUUGUGUACAGGUUGAGAAACCGGUUACUGAAGGUCUCUCGCACCGAACGAGAGAUCAAUGGGAGAUCGACCGCUCGUCACUAAAGUUCGUACGGAAACUGGGUCACGGACAGUUCGGCGAAGUAUGGGAGGGCUUAUGGAACAACACCACGCCAGUCGCCAUCAAAACGCUCAAAUCCGGCACAAUGGACCCCAAAGACUUCCUCGCGGAGGCGCAGAUAAUGAAAAAACUUCGGCAUAGCAAACUUAUCCAAUUAUACGCCGUGUGCACACUCGAAGAACCGAUCUAUAUUAUCACAGAGUUGAUGAAGAAUGGAUCACUUUUGGAAUAUUUACAAGGUAAAGGUCGUGGCCUAAAGCUGCAGCAGCUUAUCGACAUGGCCGCCCAAAUCGCCGCGGGCAUGGCGUAUCUGGAGUCCCAGAACUACAUUCACCGCGAUCUCGCUGCUAGGAAUGUCCUCGUCGCCGAAGGUUGCCUCGUCAAGAUCGCAGACUUUGGCCUUGCUAGGCUUAUCAAGGAAGAUGAAUACGAGGCACGCGUCGGAGCCCGGUUCCCCAUCAAGUGGACGGCUCCCGAAGCAGCCAACUAUAGCAAAUUCUCCAUCAAAUCUGACGUCUGGUCCUUCGGCAUCCUUCUUACCGAGCUCGUCACAUACGGUCGCAUACCUUAUCCAGGCAUGUCAAACGCGGAGGUCCUGCACCAAGUGGAGCACGGCUAUCGCAUGCCGUGUCCGCCCAACUGCCCCGCGGCGCUUUACGAGAUCAUGCUUGAGUGCUGGCACAAGGACGCGCUCAAGCGGCCAACCUUCGAGACGCUGCAGUGGAAGCUCGAGGACUUCUUCACCAUGGACAACUCCGAGUACAAGGAGGCCUCGGCCUACUGAGCCCGGCCCUCCCUGCCGCCCCACCGACACGCACACAAGCAACACACCCCCGGCCUCUAUCACAUGCCGCCUGAGCUGCAUAUGCUGCACAGCAGCGCGUCGAUGCAACAUCUACAGAUGCACCACGCGCUGCACGCGCACGGGCAC